CCAGGUGCGGGGAUGCUGGAGCGCAGGUCCCGCCCCUCCCCUUCCCCCUCCAGUCUGAACUGGUCCAGGCUUUCCCUUGCAGACCCUCAGGUCGUGGCUGUUGUUGCGGGACAAUUCAACCCACUUCUCUCCUCAUUGGGACACAAUCUUCCUCGCAAAGGCACUAGUGAGCCGGGAAGGCGGUGCAGUCUGUUUCUCCCCGUCUCUCCGGUCUUCCUUUCUGCUGUGGCUGUGGAAAACUUCGCCUCUUUCGGCCCCGUCUGCUUCUCCGGCCAUGGGCGAUGGGGAAAGGCAGCCGGGAUGGAAGGAGGCGUGAGAGAGGAGGAGGAGGAGGAGGCGGCGGCAACGGGGGGCUCUCCUCCGCAUCCCCGGAGCCCCUCGGACCUAAAGAGACCCCCACCGAGCCUACUCACUGUGAUACUAUCAUCGCUACUUGGUUUGGCAUUUUGCUUUCCCUUCCUCGCUGGAAAGCCCAAGCUCCAGGGACUUACCGUGAAAUACUUUGGUAAAAAAUUGCUUUCUUUUCCCUUCCCAAAGCUGGAAGAAACCCCCAAGGUCCCUCCAGCCCAACCCCUUGCCAUGAAAACUUGAAAUAUAUAUAUGAAGAUCUACCGGUAAAUCAACGCGGCUUCUUCUCCUUCCACUUUUAAAAACUUUCGAACUUCUUGGAUUUUUUUAAAAAUAGUGUCAGAAGCGACUUGAGAACCUACUCUGACUGCAACUCGCUCCCGGAGUGAGAGAAUUGCCCAGCUGGGAGGCUUCUCUCAUGUCCCCACAAGCUAGAGCUGGCAGACGGGAGCUCGCCCCGUCCCGCGGAUUCGAACGGGUAGCAACCCACCCAACCUCCACUUCAGCAGUCCUGCCGGCACAAGGUUUUAACCCAUUGUGCCACCGCGGCUCUUUAGCUGCUAGGAUGGAUUUAUAAGGGGAAGAUAUUCUUUUGUCGAGCUAAGCUUAGACCUUCCCAACCCCAAGGAGGUGGUUUGAAGAGGGCUGAGAGGAGGGAAGGGGUCCGUUUUGCCCACAGCGCAAAGUGGGCAAAGCGGCCUUAGGGGAGAUGGCCAAACCUUCUCCGCUUAGGGCUGGACGUAGCGGCGGCACAGGCUCCGAAGCGGAGGGCGCAAGAGCCGCCUGUAAUGGUUGCUGCUCCUCGGCGAGGGAAGAAGGCGAAGGCUUGAGCGGAGGAGGCGGGCUCCCUUGGCGCGCCCUCCGUGGGCUCCGCGCGUGGCUCCCGCCGGCCUUGGCGCUGGGCUCCGUGGGGCUGCUGCUGCCUCCCGGGCCGGGGCUGCGCUGGGGCUUCGUGGGCUUCUCCUGCCUCCUCCUGGCCGCCUGGCGGUGGCCGGGCUGGGUCGGGCUCCGCCUGCGCGCAACCGCUUGGCUCUUGGCCGCCUGCUUCUGCCUGGCCUGGUCCCUCGGGGCGGAGGAAGAGGAGGAAGAGGGCGAGGAGGAGGAGGAGGAGGAGGAAGAGCGGCGGCACCGGGGGGAGACGGGGGAGGAGCUGCCUCUGCUCCUGCUCCUCUCCUCCUCGGGGCUGGCGCUCCGCUGCCUGACCGGCGGGCGAUGGGUUGGCGUCCUCAUGCUGGCCUUGGCUAGCGCGCUGCGCCUCGCCUUCGGGGCCUCCUGGCGACCCUACCUGGCUUCUCUCCUGGCCUUGGCCGGCAUCCUUGGGGCCAGCUACGCCCGCCACCGCCGGCAGAAGAAGCAGAAGCAGCAGCAGCAGCGGGACAAAGAAGAGGAAAGAGAAAGAGGAGGAGAAGGAGCCGCCCGCCCGGCCAAGAAACGGCGGCGCUCCAGUUCCAUGAUCUCCGCCGACAUGGCCGGCUGCGGCUUGAAUAAGUCCCACCGACGGACCUCGCUGCCCUGCAUCCCGCGGGAGCAGAUUAUGGGACAUUCUGAAUGGGAUCACAAACGAGGACCCAGAGGAUCCCAGUCUUCAGGCACCAGUAUUACAGUGGAUAUUGCUGUCAUGGGAGAGGCACAUGGACUCAUUACAGAUCUUCUGGCAGAUCCUUCCUUACCACCCAAUGUCUGCACCUCUUUGAGAGCAGUGAGCAACCUGCUUAACACACAAUUAACUUUCCAAGCUAUUCAUAAGCCAAGGGUGAACCCACUGGCAUCCUUCAGUGAGAACUAUAGCUGCUCCGACUCAGAGGAAUGCUCAGAAAAGGGAGAGAAGCUAAAGCGCAUCCGGAAAAAUCUGCCACCAGGUCUUCUACGCCGAGUGUCAUCUACUUGGACAACAACCACAUCUGCUACUGGUUUACCCACUUUGGAGCCAGCCCCAGUGAGAAGAGACCGUAGUGCUAGCAUCAAACUUCAUGAUACGUCAUCAUCCAGCUCCGAUUCUUGGAACAAUCCCCUCCUGAUGUCGAUCACCAAAAGCAGGUCGUUUUCUGCCUCCUAUGCAAUGUCCGCUGCCAACCAUCUGAACUCCAAAAGGCCCAGCCGACAAGGCAUCCCACCAAAUAUUUCACCUCUCACUUCCCCAAGCCAUUCACCCAUCCAUGGUACUCCAGCCCACAGUCCCACCAGCAAGACCUCCAACGAACAAUUCCCAGAAUCAACCGUCACUGCCUCUAAGCAGACCCUCAAGCCCCACAAGGUCUUAGGCUGCACUCAGAGCGCACCUGCCAUAGCAGAGCCUGUCCUCCCCUCCCCUGUCAUCUGCAGCAGCUGUGGCAGGCCAUACAACCAAAUAGAGCCUGGGGAGGGAACAUUAGACAGAAGUGAUGGAACAGCACAUACCUUGAACAGAACAGAUGAUCCAGCCCAAGCCACCUCUGACUAUGAAACAAACAACAGUGACAGCAGUGAUAUUGUGCAAAAUGACGAUGAGACAGAUUGCUCCAAGGAGCAGGCACAGAUGGACUCUAACUGCAGGACAUAUACUCCAGAGACAAUCAUAUUGCAUCCCCUGCUACCAUCUGAGGAAAAACCUAUUCUUGCCCCAGAGCCUCUCAUUAUGGACAAUUUGGACCCUCUUAUGGAUCAACUAAAUAAUUGGAAUUUCCCAAUCUUUGAUUUGGUAGACAAGAUAGGCAAGAAAUGUGGCCGGAUCCUAAGCCAGGUAUCCUAUAGGCUCUUUGAAGACAUGGGGCUGUUUGAAACCUUUAAAAUCCCUGUGAAAGAGUUCAUGAACUACUUCCAUGCUUUGGAGUGUGGAUACCGAGAGAUACCUUAUCACAACAGGAUCCAUGCCACUGAUGUCCUUCAUGCCGUUUGGUAUCUGUCAACCCAGUGUAUACCAGGCCUCCCAACUGUGAUUAAUGACCACGGGUCAGCAAGUGAUUCAGAUUCUGAUAGUGGGAUCACUCAUGGCCACAUGGGAUAUGUAUUGUCGAAAACAUAUGCACCAGCAGAUGACACAUAUGGCUGCUUGGCUGGCAACAUCCCUGCCCUUGAACUGAUGGCUCUUUAUGUAGCUGCCGCCAUGCACGACUAUGAUCAUCCAGGAAGAACCAAUGCCUUCUUGGUCGCAACCAGCGCUCCUCAGGCCGUACUAUAUAAUGACCGCUCUGUUCUGGAGAACCAUCAUGCUGCUGCAGCAUGGAACCUCUUCAUGUCCAGGUCAGAAUAUAACUUCUUAGUCAACCUCGAUCAUGUGGAAUUCAAGCACUUUCGCUUCCUAGUUAUUGAGGCAAUAUUGGCCACUGAUCUGAAGAAGCACUUUGACUUUGUUGCCAAAUUAAAUGCCAAGGUGAAUGAUGAUGUUGGCAUUGACUGGACGAAUGAGAACGACCGCUUGCUGGUUUGUCAAAUGUGCAUCAAACUGGCAGACAUAAAUGGCCCAGCAAAACAUAAAGACUUGCAUCUACGGUGGACAGAAGGCAUUGUUAAUGAAUUUUAUGAACAGGGUGAUGAAGAAGCCAGCUUAGGCCUCCCAAUCAGCCCAUUCAUGGAUCGUUCUGCUCCUCAGUUGGCAAACCUUCAGGAAUCCUUCAUCACUCACAUUGUGGGACCGCUGUGCAAUUCCUAUGACUCAGCAGGGCUGAUGCCAGGGAAAUGGGUUGAAGACAACGAUGAUUUGGGAGAUACAGAUGAUCCAGAUGAGGAAGAUUCAACAGAUAUGGACACCUGUGAAAAUCCAGAGUCAAGGAAGAAGAGGAGGAAAAUCUUCUGCCAGAUAACUCAGCACCUGGUCGAGAACCAUCAGAUGUGGAAGAAAGUCAUAGAGGAAGAAGAGAGGAAAGCCGGGAUAGAAAAGCAAGCUCUGGAGCAACCAGCAACGUUGCACCCAUCCUCUGAACAAAUUGAGGCAAUUAAAGAGGAGGAGGAAGAGAAAGGAAAGCCAAAGCCGGAAGAGGACAGCACAAUCCCAGAAACAAACCAAUGACGAUGAUAGGAUUCUGAGCAGUAUUUGAAGACAAGGAUGACUUGCAUACCUGUUCUUUUUACAAGCCAGCACAACAUUUUAGACACAACACUGUAGAAAUAUGGGGGGAUGCACCUACAGCUAUUUAGGUUGUUUCUCUUUCCUUUAUUUUUUAAAAAAGAGUGGGGUUCAUUGUUUAAACUCCGCUGCUCAACAGAAGCUUUCACACUGCAACACCGACUUUUACAGACUUUCGUAUGGGGUGGGGAAUUAUAAAUAUAUAUAAUUAUAUAUAUAUUAUAUAUAAAAUAUUAGCCUGAUUUUAUCAGCUGCAUAUUUCUUUGUUUUUUUUUAAUGAUAUAUUAUGGUAACUGUGACAUUAAAAGAAAAGGGAGAAAUCUCAAAAUGAGUGAAGUGACCAAGUCUACCUUGCCCUUUCAUGAUGUGGUGCCAAUGAUAGUAUUGCUAAAAUAACUACAUAUUUUGCUAUCAUGGGUGUGCAUGCACGAUGGUUUGCACACAUAUUGCAGAAAUGUGGGAAUGUCAUUGAGAAAUGUGUUUAAUGUUGUAGUGAAGAGUAUGGUGUCACAGCUCAUAUGAGUAUGGGCCUUCCCCAGAAUAUCAUAAAGUGGCCUCUGCAGAGACCGUAUUUUCUCCUUCCUUCUCCAAUAAAAAGGAUCUAUACUAGGAAUAGGCAACUGCAGAAGGCUAGAGGGUCACAUUAGGCCCCAAGGAGACCUUGGGGGGCUGCACCCCUAUCAUCUCAUUUCCCCACUGCAAAACAACAAUUAAUGCUCUGACCCUAAAUGUCCCCCAAUGCCCUUUAAGAGAACAUGGGAGCACUUUUUGCCAUGAUUUUAGGUUCUCCUAAUCCAAUUUAGAGGUUUUUUUAAAAAAAACAGGAAGUGAUCAAACUCAUCUUUGAUUUACUUCUAUUUUUUUAAAGCCUUUGGGAAAAAUCAACCCUGGGGAUCCCCAGGGACCACACAAAAAUGGGCCUGGGUUUCCAAAUGUAGCCAUCAUAUGAGCAUAUUCUUUCUCAGCCUUGGAAAGCCUUGUGUCAAAGACAUCCUUUUUUUUUCCUCCACACAACUCAAUAGAAUUGUGAGAGAUGUGAACCAGAGAAACUUCAUGUGCCAUCAAUUUAUUGAGUAGCCUUUCCUAUAGUUGGUUGGGGGCCUGUAGUUAGCUGGAGGCGUUGUUUCUGACAAGACGUUGCUUGAAGUUGCUUACAGUUAAGGGCUGAGACCUGAUCUUCAAAGUCCUCUUCCUUCUUCUCUUCCAUGAUGUGAAGGAGCAGCAGCAUCAGUCACCUGGGAACAUAGGAAGGUGUCUUAUACUGAAAUAGAUCAUUGGCACAUCUUGUCCAUCUUGUCAACUCUUAUCAGCAGUCCCAGUUCGCUAUGAUUUCAGGCACAAUUCUGUCCUAGUUCUACCUGGAGAUAUAUCCAUGAGUAUAAAUCUAAUUCAACCAUGCUUAAGAGAGAAAAUAGUAUAUGUCAGUGCUUUUAGAUUUGCUGGGGUGGAUAAAAAGGAUUGUAUGGUGUUAAUUUGUAAAAGGGGAAAUUCGGGUGACUUGUAGCAGCGAGUUGCAGUGUCCGAGGGAUUUUGCAGCUUGUUAGACUGGAAAGCAACACAUAAUUUCUUCCGUUAUAUCUGUUCACAAUAAUGGCAUAAUUUCAUAAUCUCCCUUGGCCUUAAUCACUAUGUGUAAUAAUUUUUGUUCCCUGGUUAUAAAUGUCAUUUCCUAAUGGGUUCUAUCAUAAAAACAUGGGAAAGGUUUAUUAAACUGCAAAAACUUUGUUUUUGUGGGAUGUUCUGCAGCACAUUUUGCUAUAGUAUUUCAAUGAAUAUCUUAUAAAAUCUCAACCAUUUCAACAUAAUUUGUGACAGCCACAAAAACGAAGUUUCUGGAGUACAACAACUACUUACAAAGUAAGUACCAUGCAAUGAAACAGGAAGUAACACUUUCAAACUAGGAACUUUCUUUUUCAAAUUUUGUUACAUAGUGUUAUUCACCUUUUAAUAUGGAUCAGUAGUUUAGGCUCAUUGUGAUUUUUUGGUGGUGGCUGUGGUUGUGGAAAUAUGUGGGAGGCCACUUAGCAAAUUAAAUUAGUAGUGUUCAAGAUUACUAUUUGCAAAAAACUAUAUUCCAAAUCUAGGGGGAAAAAUCUUCUUUGGAGUUACAACCCCCAUAACUGGCUUGGAUAUUCUGAGAAUCAUAGUCCACACAAAUACUUCUUUCUGAGCUCUUAUACAUCCUGCACUGAUUUGUUUUCUGUGAACCUCCUGGAAUGCAGAAAAUUUGUGCAAAACAGAGACAAGUGUCAGCAUUGUUUCACAUGAAGGAAGAAUCCCUCCUACAACAUAUCCCCAUCACUCUCUGAUAGCUACAAAUGGAAGAAAAACUUUGGUAAUUACAUCUAAGCUACCUUUUGUAUAGUUGUAUAGGGAAAUUAAUCUUGACUGCCAUUAGUGUUAUGCUCAAUGAUGAACACUGCGAUAGAUUUUGCCAGAACUUUAGCCUCUAACUGAAUUGAAUAAAUUGACCCUGGGUACAGACUGACUUAUAAAAAGCAUCUGAAAUAAAUGGAGAUAGGGUGUGAUUGGGAUUGCUCCUUCUAAGAAGAAACCAUUGCUUUUCAAUAAAAGCUAUCAUGUAGCAUUUUAUAAUUUGGCUAUAAACAACAUACUGCAAAUACUCAUGUAUAAGGCAAUCUCAUGUAUACAUCAAAGACAGGCUUGGGGGCCAAAAUAGGGAUUUAGAUAUGACUUGUAGCUAAGUUGAGGCAGCAGCAACAUCACCUCAGGGGCUAUCCAUCUUUGGAUGCUGCGAUUUUGUUGUAUUUUCGUUUUCAGAAAGGCUAGAAAUGGCAGAGAGAAUAGAAGAUGCCAGUGCUUUAGAUUUGCUUGAGGUGAAUAAAGCUCUCAUUUUUUGCCACUCUAAAUUUUCCUUGCGGGUAAAUUUAUAGCACUGCAGUAAACAGAUAAGUGGAGUGUAUUAUGUAAAGACAAGAGACCCCUUUAAACUCCCUGAAGGAUUUGUGUGUGUGUGUGUGUGUGUGUGUAAUGUGUGAAUAGAAUAGCAAGAGUUUAGGACUUGAAUAUACAAGGCCACUAGGUGUUUCCUCCAUUAUCAUUCUAUUUCUCUCUUAGAAUUUUAUUUUAACAGUUUCUUUCAUUCUUGAAUAUUAAAUGCAGCAGGAAGGGAGAUCUGCAUUCACCUGGGACAUUUGAUAUCAAGAGGCAAAUAACUAUCUUUUGUGAUGUAGAACAUAGAUGUUAAUCCACCUUGGUUGUAUGUCAAUGGCCUUUUAAAGCAAGAUUAAGGCAUGCAGUUUCCUAGCAUGAAGGCUAAAAAUGUCAAAUUAUCUCUCUUGGGUUGCUGAGAUUGCCACUGAUACAAGAUCAGCAUAGUCUUAACAAAAAAAACAAAAGGAUUUGCUUUAACAUGAACACACGCAGAAGAGAAAAUCAGAUAUUUGAAACAGUGUAGGAUUUCUUUGAAUAAGUCUCUUUUUGAAGAAGUUUAUCUUUUUGCCUGUGAUGGAUUUUUUUUCCUUUAUGUAAAUAUGGCAACUUGGAAGUAUUGUAUAGAUAGCAAAAUAAUGUCUGGAAGUUUCUUAGAAAAAUCAUUUUAGAAUAGGAAACAUUAUAUAAAAUGUAAACAUCACCACAUUUGAAAAAUAAGUGUUUGCAUAAUUGGUAGUGAGACUUUGUGCUUUCAACACAACAGUAUAAGUGUCAGCAAUUAUCGAAGAGCAAUUAGUUUAUCCUUUAUAAACCAAGGAUACUACCUGGAAAUCUGCAUCAAAGACUGGCUACCUAUUGCUGCCCUGGGGGGAUUUUGAUAAAUUUCUGUGCGAAGAGAAAUUGGCGUGCUUGAAUGCAUGCUCAGAAAUUGUGCCAAAGCUAUCAUUCCCAUGUGUGAGCCAUCUCUAGAACCAAUACCUCACCCUUUAAGUCUUUUGUAUAAAACUUCAUGGAUGGCUGUUUCACAUUCUCUGUUUAUCUACUUUUUCUGAUCUGUCUUCUCAGGAGUCUGUCUAGUAUCUUACCAACAUUAGCAAACAAGUUAAAGAUUUACUAAGGACAUUGGAUUUCAGUGUCAGUGUCUAAGUUGUUGAAAAUACAAUGUUCUGCCAGGGAAAGCCAGUGGAUUCAUUUCUGGAGUAGUGCAUCCACUCUUGAUUUGACCACUACUUUCUCCACAUCUAUUCAUGCUGGAACACCUGUAAAAAGAGCAAAAGCAAAAUCCAGGGAUGAUUCACCACUCCCACAGUGAUGGAUCUACAAACCAUCUUUCCUCCCACUAGGCCAAAGUCAAGUGAGACAGAACUGCAGGCUAGAGUUGAGUGAUAGAUUCUCUCUGACUCACCAUUUUUUUAAUGAAUAGUAUCCCUGGAUUCUUGAAAGUGAUAACAUUAUGCAAAAAGUUGGUAUUGAAAUGAAUGGGACUUCAGAUAUUAUGCACAGCUGGGGUUUUGGCAGUAGUCAUUGCGAAAAUGUGCAAUGUAGAUGUGAAAGGCAUGCGUCAUAGAUACAUUCAACAGAUAAAUGGUGGGUUCGGGCUUCUACAGUUUUGUGUGUGUGUGUGGGGGGGGGGGGGGUUGGCUGUUGCAUUGUGUGGCAUGGCCUGUAGUUCAAAACUGAAACAUCCCACACUUUGUAUCUGUCCUAUGCAGCCAUAAUUAAGGAUUUCAAACCAUAGCUGUGUUAAUUUGGAUUGGUAUGUGAAGGGAUCUUUUAACACCAUUGAGACUAACAGUUAAGCCAACAUCUUUGCCUCUGAAGUUAUCCUUUUGGUCUAGGAGUUCUAGCUCUAAAACCUCAAGCUCAGUCUUGCAAAGUACUCAAACUCUGUUCAGGUCUCCAUGAUCCCAAGGUCAUUCAAUGAGUUUUAUUUCUUGGUGGAUCCUGUGCUUUUAAAAGGUCACAGUUUUUCUCUCUUUCUCCUCAGUUAACUUCAGUUGCUGCAAAAUGAAUUCAAAGUGAAAAAGGAGUCUGGACUGUUAACUCAGUUGGGGAAAAGGAGAAAAAGAGGAAAAAAUUCCCGUUCCCAACAGUUCAAGCAAAAGCAAAUUGUUGCAACUUCUCCUAGCUUGUGUGUUUUUCUUCUGUCCUAACUUUUGCCAUCUGGACCAAACUCUGGCUGUCAUUAUCUGUGAAAUGUUGGAGAAUAUGUUUUAGAUCAGCAUGCUUUUCUCCCUCAUAUACAAACCAUUGGCAUUUUGUUUUAUGUUUUUAGAAGUCAACCUCUACUGUACCCCCCAAACAAAAAAAAAUGGCAUACAGCUGUCAGUAGAUCCAUGAAAAUUGUUAUAAUGGGGAGACAUUCCAUAGGGAAGAGCUGUUUUGGCAAGGUGUUGUUCACAAGACCCAGCUCUGCUAGAAAGUUAAUGGGAAUUCCAUAGGUAAGCCCAUGAGUGUUUUCAGAGAGAGAAUAUCUAGGGCAGAGGUUGAGGAGGAAGAAGAACGGGAGGUUUUCUCCAUUGUCUUCCUCACCCCUGGCCUUUAGAAAGAGGACUGUGUUUCUCUGUUCAGCUAACUGAUCUCUUUAGUGCCUGUUAAUACUCUUGCAGAAUUUCCUGAUUAGAUUUCCUCAUGGUUGCUGUAACAAAACCCAUAUCUUUAUAAACUUGAGAAAUUUCUGAUUAAUCUGAAAUACUGUAAAUAUGAAGUCCAAAGGGCAGAGUUGGGACUCUCUUUCACUAUAGAACAUGGAAAAGUUGCUUUGGGGGAUUGCAACUUUCAGAAUCUUAUAGUGGCUAUGCUGGUUGGGGAAUUCUGGGAACUGUAAUCCCAAGGAGUAACAUUUCCAAGGUCUGGUCAGCUGAGAAUAAUUUUGAUGGUAGUUCGCAAAAUCCACACAAUAAACUACAAAGCUACGAAAAGCCAGGUGGUAUUUUAUAUACACAGUGUUACAGCAACUGUUGUAUAGAAUAUGAAAAGAAUAAUUGAAAAUAUUUGAAAAAAAAUUGUUUAAAAGUUGAGAGAGUUGAGUGCUGAGAAACCCCAACAAAGAAUCCUGGACUGUCAAGAAUUUCCGCAGUUUAGGACUUAUUUUGUUGAAAAUUCACAGUUGGUAGUUUUGGGCAAAAAACACAAUUUUCUGUUGGGGACACAGCAUUUUUGUUGCAGAAAAUGCUCCAAAACCCUCAUUAAAUAGUAAUUAGCAUUAAUUGUUCACAUUGAAUGGGGAAAGGUACUUAGAUUCCAAUCCACACUCCAUUUUUUAUCAUUUGGAUUCAUUAACAACCCUCCUACAAUCUGUCAGUCCAUUGACCUGUACCUUCUCAAACUUAAUUGUGGCAAGAAGAGCAGUAUGUAAAGCAUGAGAGAUAUGGAAUGGCAGAGGACAUCACAAAAUGAUGCUGGUUCUACAUAAGCCAGAAUAUUUACUCACUCUUGGAGUGGAUUUCCCAGUAACCUCUUAAAGUAUCCAUUUCAGAAUAAGGACUAAUCCCUUGGAAAAUAUGUUAUGACACACUUCUAGGAUUUUAUGUUGUUGUUGGUUGGCUGCAAGUGGUAUAAAUGGCUUUAUCAAGAGCCAAGUAAGUGUGGCCUUCAUAAUUGCCAUUCCAGGGGGAGAGCUCACACACGGUGUAGCUAGGAAUGAAAUACCAAGAGUUAUGCAGCUCCUGGCUAUGGAUUGGCCAAUUACUUGGAAAUUUGGGUGUCCCCCAGCUGGCAGCCUGGUCCCAUUAUAAUUAGUCUGGAAUUUGAUGGGAUUUUAAACUCAUAUGGCUAAGGGAAACACAGAAUCCCAGUAUUUUCAGGGAUGGGUUAGUAUGUCAAAAUCAUUCUGCUUCACUUAGAAUGUAAAACAGAUUGAUGUUGUGCUUCAUUUGGAUCCAGAUUUAUUACCAUUUAGUCAGUAAACUCUCAAAGGCAGUCUCAGCUUGAACACAUUUUUUUGGGACUGAAGAUACAGUAGGCACCAUUUGUGAUCAUUCAGCUGAGAUAGGAGGAAAUGUCUGCUUAACAGGUGAAACUGCAGCAACAAGAAACUGAGAUAAUGGUUGCCAUUUUGCAUAUAUUGUGAUGAAAGCGAUAAAAGGAAAUCAGGCCAAUAUAGUCCCCACUCCAUACUAACUUUUGAUUCUGUUUCUCAAUCUAAACAUUUAAUUUUGUGUUCAAAAUUGUCUCUGUGUUAAAUUUUAUCCUAACAGCUAUGCCUCAGGAAGUGUCUCAGGCAGAAUAGAUUUAAAAUGUUGGAGUAUGUCACUGUCUUUGCAAGCGGCAAACUGAAUUAUUGAGUGCCCUCUGUGUUAAAAGCUCUUUGUAUGGAGUGAAUUAGAGUUAGGUCAAAAACUUGAGCAGACCUUGUUUUGAUAUCUUGGCUUUUCUACCCAUCAGGAAGUUUUAAUGUUGUUUUUACCCACUACUGUGGAUAUACAUCGUACUGGUACAUUUUCCCAUCUCAGUGAGAAAGAAUAUCUUGAAAUUUUGAAAUAUUUUAUUAGGAAAAAGUUUUGCUCUGUGUGAUUUUCCUUUUUUCCAUUUUGUGAUAUUUUUGUGCAAGAAAAAAAUGUUUGCACAAAGCAUUAGACUGCAUGAAUAACGAAACCCAAUGCAUUUUGUCCAAAAAUGGUUUUCUGUGCAAAAAAAAAAAGUUUGUGUUCAAAAGUAAGCUGUAUCCACAAAUUGCUUCUUCAUUCUUGCAUGGAAGCCAAAAUUACAAAAUAUUUUAUCCCAAGUGGCUACUUGUAAAGAUGUAGUUGCAUAAAAUUGAUGAGAAAAUGUAGUAAAACAAGCUGUUGCUGAAUAGCAUCCCAAGUGAGUUAGGUGUUUUAAGAUCCAAUGACUCUUUGUCAAAGAACAAACUUCCAUAAUGCCUUAUAGACAAACAGUUCAUAAUCCCUAUGAACUUUUAUUGAAAAACUCUGAACGUUACUGAGUAAAAGAACAAGCUAAAAUGUGAAUUAAUAUCAGUGCUUUAGUGAAAGACUCCUUCACACAUAUUUUAUUAUCAAACAAUAGAAAGCAGAAAAACAGCCUUAUUAUUAUCCACUUUUAUUUCUAUUACUGACCUCUCCAAAUAAGUGCCUAGGUAAUUCAGCAGUCUCUUGUGUUAAUAAUGGUGAAUGCAAGACAAUUUUUAUGUUACGAGAUUGUGUCUUGAUUAUGGUUUUCAAAUUGUGUUCCAGCAAAACAUGGGGGUUUUCCAUGCAAAAAUAAUUAAUGAUGAAGCAAUAUCUCCAAAAGAUCAAAUAUUGCUCUUCCUCUCUCGUACACUGGCAAAGAGGAGUGCUGGGUGUGUUGUAGGCAGAAUUUGAGAAUGUUCUUUUUUAAAAAAAAAAAACCAAAACAAAACAAAACCAUUAUUCCCAGAAUAUUCCAAGCAGCAUGAUGUUGUCCAACAACAGCAAACAUUCAAACUCACCAAUUUCCAGUAUUAGCCCAUGCUAUCUAUUCCUGUGAAGGCAACACAUGUCACACAGGACCUGUGUGUCCUGUAAAAGAAGCAACUUCAGAAAUGUUCCAGAAUGGCCAUAGUUCCAUUUUUUUAACUGUCUUGCCUUGCCACAAGAAAUGAAGCCUUGAAUUGUGUUGGAUAGUUGCAACUAUCCAACUUACUGAAUCAGUGGUGAGUUAAUUUGCGUAUAAUUCCACUGAAUCAAUAGGUUAACUCUACUUGAGCCACCAAUAUUUUUCAGAUGUACGUUAUGUUGGUUGGGGGAUUUUUGGUGUUACAAACCAAAAACUAAUAUCUAGGGUCUGGACAAGUGCACCAACCCUUGCAUUUGAGUUUUUAUUUUCUCUAAUGUUUGCCCUAAAUUUAUAAACUGAACAGAAUUAUUUGUAAGGGGGGUCUUUAAAAAUGAAAUUAGCUCAUAGUUCCAAGUUGAGAAUUAAAACUGAGAAUGGCAUUCCCAAUUCUGAAUGAAGGUUUGGGAAGAUACUUUAUCCAUAUAGUCUAGGACAUUCUAACAAUCAAUCAAUCAACCAUCCUUCCUUCCUUUUCCUUUUCUGGUGCUCUUGAAUGGAGUUUCUUAAAAUUGAGGCAGGAUUCCACAUGGUCAAAAUGGAACUGGAGAUAGACAAAGCUUAGAAUUGGAUAACUUUUGAGCAGUCUUGGGAUGGGGGCAUUCUCCCACUUACAAUUGUUGCUUGUCACCAAAAUUAACUGAUGGCAAUUAAAUAAGCCCCUCUUUCAAAACCUAACAGCAUUAGAUUUUUUUAAUUUCAACAAGAUGGGUGGAAAAAUGCAUGUCUUGUUUAAAAGCAGGCAUGGACCAAGAGUCACCUGCCAGAGGUUGGUGGAGCAUAAAUGCCUUCCCCAGCUCUGGCUAUGCUGCUUGCUAAGGACAAUUAGGAACUGCAAUUCAAAAACCCCUGGAGACUGUGCUUUUCUCACCUCUUUCUAAAGGAACAUUGUGGUUCUUUUUCUUUUCUUUUCUUUUCUUUUUUACAAAAGUGGGGAAAUGCAGUGGUGAAAUUUUGAUGUUAGUGCGGUAAUGGGAGGGGGAGAGAAUGUGGUUCACAUCCACUCACUUGCCCACUGCCUUCAGGCAUUAUUGUCCUCUAUUGUCCACCUAUAUAUGGUGGAAUAUAUGGGAAGGGCAUCACUGUGGAAAUAAUGACAAAGUUGUGGCCUGUAAAUCUGGGACUUUGGUUGGAAUGGAUCAAGCGUAAUUAUUCUUGGUAUCGUGGUAUCACCUGAUCAUACAUUGUUUUUAACUAGAGGCCAUAUUAACGAGAGAGCAGAGAGACUUGUGUCCCUUCCUCCCGAGUACUACCAGCCAUUCUCAUGGCUACACUAGCCAGCCUCAUGGAUUUUAGUGUUCACCCAACUUUGCCUCUAGUUGGCAACUGGAAAACCCAGCUAUUAUACUCAGGGGGCCAGCUGUAGCCCAUGGGUAUCUCAGUUACCAAUGCCUAGUAUAUGCUGUUUUGCCACAUGCAUGCCUUUUUUGAAAAUUACGUGUGAUCCCCACCAAUUUGCAUGCACAUGUUUAUGUGAAAUAUCCACAUGACACAAUACCUUAGCUUUGUGUCCCAAUGCACAAGGACAUAUUUGCCUGUCAUCACAUUUCAACUAUGUUUCUGCUGUCUACAUCUGGCCGUGAUCAUCUAAUCUAUCAAGGUUUAAAAUAAUUCCCCCGAUGCUCCUUUGAAAGUUGAAUAUGUACUUGACUGUCACAAGACUUGAAGCCAAUUCCUAUAUCCUUUUGUAAGGGUAAAAUUCACAUCUAAGCAAUGGGAAGCAUUUGCUGUAAAAAGAAUCAACUCUCAUUUCCUCUCUUUUUUCCCUUCCCAGCAAAUACUUUUUUCUUCCUAACUUGUGAGGUGUGGAGCGUCUCUUAUAUGUUACACCUGUUGAUGAGGUGUAAGCUCUUUUCUAAUUGAUCCAAGUAUUCAGUGAAUUGCAGCAGUCCCCUUCGUGGUUCUGCCUCUUUCUUUUUAUAGGAUUCUCUUUACAAAGUUUAUAUUGGUUAUCUUGCAGAUCUCCUCUAAAGCAAUAUCUUGAGUUGUUCUUUUUUAUAAAAGGAACUAAAGGACAUGACCCAGUCAGAGUUGGGCACUUCUGAGACCCUUGAUUUUCUAUGGGUGACAAUAUUUAAACAAAUUUGUGUUGCUCGACAAGUUCCUCCUUUGCUGCAGGUCUUUGAAGCCUUGUUGCUACUGCUUCAAAUCAAUGUGGAUCUGGGUGAAUGUGAAAAGCAAUGGGUAGAGAAGCAACAGGUGGAAAAACAAGAUUUAACUUUCACCUUGGGAAAAGGAGAAGCAGGAUUCAUGUUCUAAGGAUACAUAAUGCUCCUAUCUCCUGUUCUAAGGAUACAUAAUGCUCCUGUUUAUUUUGUUCUAAAUAAUCAUAGCACUUCAAGCUGAUAUGACUUCAUUUUAUGGAAUCCAGGGAUUUUAGUUUGGUCAAACCUAUUGGUCUCUGGUGGAGGAUUCCUGGAUGGAGCCACCACAGUUCACAUGAUAUCAAAAUGCUGUAAUUACAUCAUGUGAAAGAGUGAAAAUUAAAUAAUACUUUCAAAUAGUAAACCUUUGACUGGUUCAUGCCCAAAAGAAGAUUGAACUGCCAACCCAAUAAACAGUGUGGAAAUGUGCCAUCCCGUUCAGUAUUUGUAGGUGUCCAUUUUUAACACGGUGUUCUUUUCACUAAGUACUACAUGCAUUAAUUUAUAUUUAUAUAUUGUCAAUAUUGUUGUAAUCAAACUUCUUUUUUAAUAGAAAGAAAACACUUCAAAGAACAAGGCCUUGUAUUUUAGGUGAUGUUCUUUCACGAUCCACCUGAAAUGUUUUUGUUUUGUUUUUCCUUUCACUGAUAUCUUGCACUUAAGACAUGUAGCAAUACUUAAUAUAUUCCCUUCACGAGCAUUUGUUAAGUGAUUUUUAGUUAAUGGCUGAUACAUGUUUUGUACAAAAUAGAUUCUGUACAGGAAAAAAAGAGAAAUCUUUUAGAUAAACAUUAUUUAUUUUUACUGUUUUGUAAGUUAGACACUAUAAUGAUCCUUUUUUGCCAGAAUUACUGGAAGUGCCUCUUGGUAUAAUGUAUAAUAGUAAAUACGUAUUCAGAACUAUUAGAGAUACUUUGUCACAAAAUGAACAAUGUGGAUGUCGCAAUGUGAAGAAAAAACAUAAAUAUAAUUCUGUGGUAUCA